AAAAUACAGGCGGAGAAGAGGUUGGGUUUCUCAGAAUCUCUGCGCAGUUUCAGUUUAUUCAGACGAGGAAAAACAACAUGGGCAUCUCUGCCGCCAUUGAGCCAGGAGAAGCAAAUCCAUUCUCCUUAAAAUGGGAUGAAGAAGAAAUAGAAGAAGAAGAAGAAGAAAAAGAAGAAAAGGAUGACAAAGAAAAGGAAGAAAAAGAAGCUUCCUCUCUCAGUACCUUCAACAAAGUCCUUAUAGGGACAACUACCACAGUGGUAGGAGGAGUGGGUGCUGUGGCCCUGGCCCCUGUAGUCCUGGGGGCCGUAGGUUUCACCUCAGCUGGAAUAGCAGCUGGGUCCUUCGCGGCAUCCAUGAUGUCGUCUGCUGCUAUUGCUAACGGAGGUGGAAUUGCAGCAGGAAGUCUGGUGGCUAUUUUACAAUCAGCAGGUGCGGUUGGUCUGUCAGGGGGUGCCACUGCAGCUGUGGCCGGCGCUGGAGGAACAGUGGGAUGGCUGGCUAGCCUCAUCGGCAUAAAAGCAUUCGGGGGCAAGAAAGACAAAAAAUAACAGGAGCCAGUUCAAUCAUUCAUUUACUUAAACAGCAGUCUCAUGAUCUCAAACAUUUGAAGUGUGAAAUAAGUCUGUAUAAACAGUAGAAGAUCCUGGUUCAUUGUGUUGUCUGUAAAUAUUUCCAUGAUGUCCACCAGAAAGAAAGACAGUGAAUGAAUAAAAGACUGAAUCAAGCAA